UGUUCUUUCAUCUGAGAAUGGAAAAGUCACAACUUUUUACACUUAUCUUUUUCUUUAUUCGUGGGACAUUUGGAUACCUUGAAUUACCUGCAAAUGAUCCAUCCGAGGAAAAUAACUUAUUUCGCAGUACCACAUCUGGAAAGACAUCCAAUAUUUUACGGGAUAUCCUUAACCAAGAAUCUUUGGUGAGGUUUUCUAUGGUGCAAAAAAUUCAGAAUUUGGUGAUGGAUGCUAUAGACAACAAAAACAACACUGAAAUAUUGAAAAAGAAGCUCUUUCAUUUAGCAAAAGAAUUAAAGGCAUUGGAAACAAAGGAUCAAAUACUUGAACAAGAUAAUGUUGAACUUCGAAAGGAACUGAGUGGCAUCUAUAACAGAAUAAGCGACAAUCAGAACCUCACUAUUACAAACAUUCAUACGCUGAAUGAGACGGAGAUAUAUUUUCUGAAGAGACAAUUCCUAGCUCUUCGGAGAGAAAAUGAGGAACUUAAAUUGGUAAACUCCAAAAUGAAGGAGCAGCUAAAAGUCGAUGAAAUUACGUUUAGAAAUGAAACAUUUGCUAUGAAAGAGCAAUAUAGUGCACUCUCACAGGAAAAUGAUGCAAUUGAAAGCAAGUUACAUCAAAUGGAGAAAGAGAUAAGGUCCACUAACAUUGACUCUCGCCUUAAAAUGAUUGAAGGCAGAGUUUGGAACCUUUCAAUCUCCGUCGAUGAAGCAUUAGAUGAUAUCCGUGAGGAGCAAAAUGUCUCCAACACACAGCUGUUAGUUUCUUCUUUGUUUCAGUCAGAUUGCAGUGUUCCGUUUGACUGUUACGACAUCUACAACUGUGGUAUAAAGAAGACUGGAAUUUACAAAAUAUUCCCUUACAGAAAUGUCAACAAUUCUACUUCUGUCCAAGUGCUGUGUGACAUGGAAUUAACUGGAGGUGGCUGGACGGUUAUUCAGCACAGGAAUAGAGACAAUCCCCGUGUAAAUUUCAACACCACCUGGGAUGAAUAUAAACGAGGUUUUGGGGAUGUUAAUGGAAAUUAUUGGCUUGGAAAUGAUGUCAUUCAUAAAUUGACCACUACCUUCCAAAACGAGUUAUACAUAAAAAUGAAAAGUACAAAUAACCAGGAUCAUGAAGUAAAGUACAACCAGUUUUCUAUCUCUUCUGAGGCUGAUGGCUACAGGUUGUCUUUAGGAACAAAAAUAGGAAGCAUCACCGAUGCUUUCAGAGGUUACAAUAUAGUGAAUGAGAAAUUUUCCACAUUUGACCACGACAACCAACACAGAUGCGGGUCUCGGUGUGGAUCUGGAUGGUGGUUCAAAUAUUGUACAUGGACAAAUCUCAAUGCCCCCUUUUUUGAAGAUCACUUAAGUAAUGUCUGGUAUCCUUCCAUUGAUAAAGGGAAAAAUCUUUACCAAUCGAAAAUGAUGAUUAAAAGAAAAUAGAGGAAAGUAACAUACAUAUAUGCGUAAUGAAAUUAAUGGAAUAUAUACCGAUAUCUAUAAAAAUUCAAGAGGCCCGUGACCCUAAGUCAUAUUUAUCUUUUUUGAAAAUGAAUGAAAGGCAUUCAAGCCAUUAGGUAAUGCAUUUGAAUAAUUUAAACCUACUGUGUUUUGAUUUAAUUAAUUUUUGCAUAAUAUUGUUGCAAUCUUUUUAAAAAAAAAAAACAAAAAAAAAAACAUUCUUUUAUCUUAAAAAAAAAAGAUUCCUUCUUCAUUUCGCACUCCAUAAAUACCGGAAUGAUUGCCUCACUGUCAGUUCACUUCUCUUCAAAUGAUAUUCAUAGGAAAUUUUGUCCUCUAAAGAAGAUUUUCAGGCAAAGUUCAAAUGAUAUUAUAAGCGCAGAUAAUUAGGACGAUAUUAUAAACUCCGAAACUAGAGUUUUAACACUUUCGAAUAAACAAUAGUAUAGGUACAUUAAAAGGGAGGGAGGCUAUAUCCCAAAAAAUCUCUCUGUGUGUUCUAUUUUUCAUUUAUUAAUUUUAAUGUCUUCCAUUGUCAUAACUCAAAAAUAUUUGAAGUAAUUUAAAGUACAGUUUGAUAUGCUUAUUUUCAUUCUGCAGCGUGUGCAAAAACGCUGUAUGAUGCUUAGAAAUGGUCACUUUUUUGACAGCUUCAAUUUUACCAAAAAUGUAAACAAAACACACACACCCACACACACACACACACCAAGAAAGAGCCAAAACAAUAAAACAAAUUAAAGACAUUUUUUUCUGUCAUAAUGUUUAUCAAGAGCACAAAAAUGAUUUGAAACAUAGUGUAAGUUACACCUAAUUAAUCUCGCAGCACUUUUUAAUGUAUCGCAUUAAAGAGAACUCUUAGAAGAAAAAAAUCUUUUUAUUACACAUUUGUAUUUGAAAGAAAUUACGCUGAUAAUAAUAAUGACCUCAUAAUUGCAGAAAAUUUUUGAGAUUUAUGUUGUAGUUGUUUUUGAUGAUGUUGUUGUUGUUGUUGUUGUUGUUUAUAAGGUCUAUGGUCUAUAUGCACAAUCUAUUUCAUUAUGACUGACUGCUUGAAUAUGUAUUUAUCACACCAUGUCUGUACAUAAGUGCAAAAGUCAAGUGCACACGCGAUAGAAAGAAGGCCACUACUGGGACGUCAAAUACCACUGCUCUGGCGUGGAACGACAUAGGUCCCCCCUAAAGCUUACCCGAAUGCUCGGAAUUUAGAUUGAAUUAAUGGUAAAUGAGCAUUAUGACGCCAAUGAAUAUGGUCAAAACAUUUAAGCAUUGAAUUAUUCUUCUUCUUAUUUUUUUUAGUCUCAAAAUUGCAACAGUGUGUAAAAUCAAAUUGAGUAACGCGCGUUAUAAUAAGCUUAAUAUAUUAAAGUUUUUAAAUUCCCUGCCUCGUCAGCAAAUGUGAACUAUAUUCAAAAAGCCCUGUAUUAUCUUUUGGGAAAGUUACAAUUCAUGGAAGAGGAAUUUCAACAGCUACUACUGUUAAACUGUUCAAUUUGAGUGUGCGUUUUGAUUUUAGCUUUUGACAGUGCACUUGCACGGCGCUCAACGUUUAUGAGUUCAAAAUGAAAAUAAUAACUUAGCCAUUUGACCUUCCCGUUCGUCGUAUGCUGUUUUUACUUAAUAUAUAACUAUUUACAUAUUUUCCUUUUAGAAUGAAAUAAAUCUUAUA